AUGGGGUUCCCGUUGAUACAAGUCGUAAUGAUCGCCGUUCGGCAGGUGAGCAAACCGGUCUCCGAGGCCGUGAUGCGAUAUGGUAAAAGCCACCCUUUCUUUCGGCAGCGGAUCUUGGUCCCGGUUGGAAGAUAUAUUGUCCACAUGAAAACGCGGUUACGAAUGGAAAAGCUUGGCCUGGGCAAGCCGAUUACCGAUCAGCAAGUAACGGAAGCGGUGGCCCUGGAAGAGGCGACGGAAGCGAUCCAACAAUUCGUGAUCUUCACUUACUCGGUUGGCGUCUACGCCGGCUUCUGGGCAUACACCACGCUCACUGCCGAGCCGACAGUCAAAGAAGAGAAAUUCUUGAGAUACAAGGAAGAGCAAGAAGAGGAAAUCGCCGCCCUUCGCGCACGACUCGAAUCGUUAGAGGCGACGCUAGUGAAACGGGGGAAGGCGCUCCCGCCCGCCCCAACGAGUACGAAGAAUACGGGUAGCCAGUCAUCAGACAAACCGCCAGCCGAGAAAGCUGCAACGACAUCAAAAUUAGAGCGGGUGAGCUCUCUGCCCCUGGACAAAGCCGAGCGCGUGGUGAUAGGCGAGCGCCGAGAAUCGCGG